AACCCUCAAACCCUCAAACCGGCUGAAUUGCACUUCUGGUUCCAACUCCACUUCCACUUCCACCAGACCCAGUCCACCCAUUUUUUCACUUCUUUUCUUUUGGAUGAAAUUUUGUCACUGGCUUUUGUUCUGUCAUGUGCUGGAUUUCAUAAUCAAUGCACACAAGCCCGCUCUAUCGGCAUUGGUCGGCAUUCUCCACUCGGCCCGGAUGCAGGUUCAUGACGACAACGAUCCCUUGACAUCCGACCUUCACCGGGCUGCCGAACCAGGGUCCGAUUUGUGGGAAAGGGUGGGAAGUAUAUAACAAAAUGGGGAGGGACAAAGGAAGAAAAUUCUGCUGCUGCGUGCAGAAUUUAGCCUUUGCUGUUGCUGCUGUUGCUGCUGCUGCUGCUGCCUCACCAUGAGUGCUGCUAGUGCUGUUCCUGAGGAUAGACGCCCGUCCAUGCGGCGGGCCAGUACGGCGCAUACCAAUGAUUUCGAUGACUCGUUUUUCGGGCGGGUGCGAUCGUUCUUCCAUCGCGAUCGCCAUGUCGGGGUGGUCAGUCGCAAUGAGUUGCGCGACAAGGAGGAUCUGGAGAUUCACACCUGGAAUGGCAAGGAUGAUCCGGACAAUCCGUUCAAUUGGAGUCCAGCGUAUAAAUGGGUUUUGACAGUCACGGUGUGCUUCAUCUCCAUCCUCACCGGUAUCCCCGCCGGCUCCUACGGCUCCGGCAACGACUACAUGGAGUCGCGCUUCCACGUGCAGAACACCCCGUUCCCCAACCUGUACUGGGCGACGUGCUCGUGGAACAUGGGGGCCGCGUUCUGGCCGCUGAUCUUCGUGCCGCUGACCGAGUCCUCCGGCCGGAUGCCCGGCUACUUCGUGGCGUACAUCAUCCUGAUCAUCUCGCUGUUCCCGUCGGCGUUCGCGCAGAACUUCGCGACGCUGGUGGUGACGCGGUUCUUCGGCGGCGGGGCCUCCUCGGUCUCGAUCAACAUCGUGGGCGGCAGCAUCAGCGACGUCUGGUACGGGGACCGGGCGCGCAGCCUGCCCAUGUCGCUGUUCGGGCUGACCAGUGUCAUCGGCAUUGCGCUGGGGCCGUUCAUCGGGUCGGCGAUCGUGCAGAUCCACAAGGAUGAUCCUUGGCGAUGGAUCUUCUACAUCCAAAUCAUCUACCUGACCGGCCUCCUCCCGAUCUUCUGGUUCAUCCUCCACGAGACCCGCGCGGACGUGAUCCUCAAACGGCGGGCCAAGAAGCUCCGCAAGGAGACGGGGCGCCCGAUCUACGCGGAGGCGGAGCUGGACAACACGAGCGUGUGGCGGCUGCUGCAGAUCUCCUUCGAGCGGCCGACGCGCAUGCUGCUCACCGAGCCCGUCGUCAUCUUCUUUACGCUGUGGAUCAGCUUCGCCUGGGGCAUUCUGUACCUGUUCUUCAGCUCGGUGGUGCAGACCUACUCCACCAACUACGGGUGGGGCACGCUGGCCACGGGCCUCAUCCAGCUGGCCAUCUCGGUGGGCGCCGUGAUCGGCACCGCCAUCAACCCGCUCCAGGACAUGUUGUACCUCAAGUCGGCGAAGCGCAACAAGGAGAUCCCCGGCCGCCCCAUCCCGGAAGCCCGGCUGUAUACCUCCGUGAUCGGCAGCCUGCUGUUUGCGGGCGGACUGUUCUGGUACGGGUGGGCGAGCUUCCCCUUCGUGCAUUGGAUCGUGCCCACGUGCGGCAUCGCGGCGGCGGGGCUGGGGAUCUAUUCGAUCUACAUGGCCGUGGUGAACUACCUGACGGAUGCGUAUGAGAAGUACGCGGCCUCGGCGCUGAGUGCCGCCAGUCUGGGGCGGAAUACCUUCGGCGCGUUCUUGCCGUUGGCGAGCUAUGAGUUGUUCGAUACCUUGGGGUUCGGGUGGGCCGGGUCGUUGUUGGGGUUCAUUGGGCUGGCGUUGUCGGUGGUGCCGGUGGUGCUGAUCCUCAAGGGGCCGGAGAUCCGGAGACGGAGUCCGUUCAUGCGCGAGUCGACGUUCGGGGCCGACGAGGAGGUGGAGUUUGAGAAGGAAGAGCAAGAUGUUGAGGGGGAAGGGGGCAGAGAGAGGGUGGUCACGAUGAAUGAGACGCGGCAUACGGGGUUUCCGCAGCAUGAUACUAGACCCCUGCGCAAUUGA